AUGUGUAUAUUUACCACUAAUAUUAUCUAUCUAUCUAUCUAUCUAUCUAUCUAUCUAUCUAUCUCUCCCUCUCUCUCUAUCUCUCUAUCUCUCUCUCUCUAUAUACAUAUAUGUAUUCAAUUAUUGGUAACACGAUCUAUCUAUCUAUCUAUCUAUCUAUCUAUCUAUCUAUCUAUCUAUCUAUCCCAGUAUCUAUCUAUCUAUCUAUCUAUCUAUCUAUCUAUCUAUCUAUCUAUCUAUCUAUCUAUCUAUCUAUCCCAGUCUGUUCAUAUCUAUCUAUCUAUCUAUCUAUCUAUCUAUCUAUCUAUCUAUCUAUCUAUCCCAGUCUGUUCAUAUCUAUCUAUCUAUCUAUCUAUCUAUCUAUCUAUCUAUCUAUCUAUCUGUCCCAGUCUGUUCAUAUCUAUCUAUCUAUCUAUCUAUCUAUCUAUCUAUCUAUCUAUUUACAUCCCUUACAUAUCUAUCUAUCUAUCUAUCUAUCUAUCUAUCUAUCUAUCUAUAUAUAUAUAUAUAUACCCAAUUUUUCCCUUUACCUUUUCUCUCUUUUUUUCUUUUCCUUUCCUUCAAAUUUUCUUUCACCAUUUACGUCCUUUUCCUUAUUUGCCGUUAAUUGACUUUCUCUUCCCGCCACGUUCUCAUUCUUUUCCUUCCCGCUUUCUACACCAACCGCCACCCCCAACCGCCACCCGCACCGCUUUCUCUCCCAUUUACAGAUUUUCUCAUUUUUCUCAACGCCAACAAACAAGCUCACAUUAUUUCGCCACUUUCUUACAAACCAUUUUGUUUUCGUAUUACCAUACUUUCUUUCUUUCUUUCUUUCUUUCUUUCUUUCUUUCUUUCUUUCUCCAGUAUUUAUUUUCAGUUUCUUUCUUUCUUUCUUUCUUUCUUUCUUUCUUUCUUUCUUUCUUUCUUUCUUUCUCCAGUAUUUAUUUUCAGUUUCUUUCUUUCUUUCUUUUUUCUCCAGUAUUUAUUUUCAGUUUCUUUCUUUCUUUCUUUCUUUUUUCUCCAUAUUUAUUUUCAGUUUCUUUCUUUCUUUCUUUCUUUCUUUCUUUCUUUCUUUCUUUUUUCUCCAGUAUUUAUUUUCAGUUUCUUUCUUUCUUUUUUUCUUUCUUUUUUCUCCAGUAUUUAUUUUCAGUUUCUUUCUUUCUUUCUUUCUUUCCUUCUUUCUUUCUUUCUUUCUUUCUUUCUUUCUUUCUCCAGUAUUUAUUUUCAGUUUCUUUCUUUCUUUCUUUUUUCUCCAGUAUUUAUUUUCAGUUUCUUUCUUUCUUUCUUUCUUUUUUCUCCAGUAUUUAUUUUCAGUUUCUUUCUUUCUUUCUUUCUUUUUUCUCCAGUAUUUAUUUUCAGUUUCUUUCUUUCUUUCUUUUUUCUCCAGUAUUUAUUUUCAGUUUCUUUCUUUCUUUCUUUCUUUCUUUCUUUCUUUCUUUCUUUUUUCUCCAGUAUUUAUUUUCAGUUUCUUUCUUUCUUUCUUUCUUUCUCCAGUAUUUAUUUUCAGUUUCUUUCUUUCUUUCUUUCUUUCUUUCUUUCUUUCUUUCUUUCUUUCUUUCUUUUCUUUUCCUUUUUCUUUUAUAUUCUUAUUUCAUUUAA